AUGCGAUGCGCGAGCAAGGCCGCCGAGAGCGCGUCUGCACGUCUCUGUGCGGACGCCGAAGCAGAAACAACAGCAACUGAUGUCCCAUCGGUUGCUGUAGCGACUCAGCCUGUGUCACCUGGUGAUGCAGGCGCUGGUCAUGAAGACACUCGUGUCUUCACAGAGUACGAGCUCGGUGUCUCGUACUCUCCUGAUACGGAUGAUGGAUCCGUAUCGACGGCGAUUGAAUCUAAGCCGCCUGCCAAGCGUGGCAUGGACGAUGCUUUGCGUCGCAGCAUCUUUGGUUCAUCUGAUGAAUCAGAUGAACCAUCGCCGAAGCGAAGGCGCUCGAGGUCGCGAGACUCGGGCGCUUAUAGUGAUGUCGGUUCUCCAAUGGACACCACUUCACAGCGAGGUGCCAGUACUUCUGUCGGCACGUCGCAGGAAGAGCGGGACCGCAAUGUGUUGCGUCUCGCUCCUGAGAAGAAGGCAUGGAUGCCUCCUAAAUCAGUCAUGGAUCACUUGUCGGCGACGACGAGUGAUCGUUAUCGAACACGAUUGUUCGAUUCGUCAAGGAUUCAUCACCUUGACCCCAGCGCGAAAAACUAUCGCGCUGAACACGAAUUCUUCAUCGAUGCUUUCUUUAGACAUCGAUGGUACAGUGGGAAUCACAAACGUGAUGGUCCCUCACUACUUCAGGCGUGGAACGCCUACAUCCAUAACCCUGAUGAUGCAGGUCGUGACGCUUGGAACGACAAACUUAUCAAAGCUCGUGUUAAGUUUGAAAAGCGAACUCCGACAGUUGCACGCUACAAGCUGCAUCGGAUUGACAACUUGAAAUCCCUUUACGACCGUGCCGGGAAGACUUUCUCCGGCGGUCCUUCUGCGGCACAGGAUGUGCCGCGUCGUACUGCUCAACCAGACCCAGUACGUCAACCAUCAGUUGGGAGCGGGGCUCCCAAGAAUCCCAGGACGGGGGAUAGCCGCGCCACCGGACGAGAUAACUCGUCCGACGUCCGUUCACGCCGCGGUGGUUCAACAGCUGCUCAACUAGAUAGCGCUGGCCACCGCGAGAGUCCUCUAAUGGAGGUGGAGGAGGAGGAAAGACGCUCUCCACACGAUCAUGUGGAUCGGUGUGUUCCCGAGAGCUUCUUUGAUCGCGUAACGCAAGGGUUACGCGACGAUCUCGAGCAUGAGCGGAAUAGGCGUCUCCAAAUGGCGGACACUGCCUCAAAGCAUCGGGCUGAGUUUGCCUUUGCUCAGCUCGAGAACGAGAGAUCUCUGACAUCUCUUCGUGACGAGCUAAGGGUAGCUCGUGGGAUUGCUGAUCGGUCUCAGGCUGAGAUAAAUGCUCUUCAGACCCUUGUUGAUGCCCACCAUCGGGAGCACAAGACUCUCUGCGAGAUGCUUGAGCGCAAGGGCGUUCUUCAUCGGAAGAAGCAGCGUACUGAUGGUACGGCUUAA